AUGGACUUUCAUAAUAACGACAAUACUCGUGCUAUCGCACAGUCUUCAAAUCAACAAACUCCCCUUGGACCAAGCGAUCCUGAAUAUGCUUUCCUCAGGGAACAUGCCAACCUCCAGAAUAGAUCCUUUGGGGAGAAGGAAAAAGACAAGGAUCUCCAAACUCACCUCGCAAUAAUUCCCAAGUCGCCGCAGAUUCUGUUAGACAAAGAUCGCGAAAGAGCUAGCCGAAAACAGCUUUCCGAAAAGAAUAACAUUUCAAAAGAAAGUAAGUCGGGCCAGAAUCUUUCGAAAUCCAUUGUAAAGAGGGGCUCCAUCUCCCAGUUUCCUGGCACAAGUGAGGUCUCACCGGGUGUACAACCCAAGGGCCAAGUUACCACAGCUAGCAGCGCUAAAGCCACCAAAUACAACAUCUCACACAUUGCUUCAAAAGUCCCUUCGAGGACCAAGGCUCUUAAGAAAGACUCGAAUCCUACUAAGACGUCGACAAGUAGACUUGGUGCUACCGAGUCUCCCGAAGUCUCCACUACAAACCAUAACACAUCAGUCGCCGCUAUUAAGGCUACUACAAGUAAAGCACCAUCUCCGGUUCCCAAGACGUUGCCUGUGCGGGCCAAGCCUGGAAGCUCUUCGAACAACCCUGCAGGAAGCCAGUAG